AUGGGUCGGCUCGACUCAAGUGGUACCACGACCUUACAGAAAACAGGCAUGAAACAACCACAGCGUUGUGUUUCACCGUUACCAAGUUCCAUUUCACAAUUGCUUCGAUCAUACGAUUAUGAAGCUGGUACUGACCUUCUAGAAGCAAUACCUGAUAGAGAGUGGCGAUUGUUAGCCGCUCUUGCAAGAAAGCGAGCUGAUGAUGAUGAACAGGAGAAGCUUGCUGACGAGUUCCACAAACUAUGGCAGAAGGAGAAAGAAGAAAGAGAAAUUGUGGAAGCCGAAACAAUGCAUGAGUACAAACGCUACAUUGUCAUGAAAAGACGUGAGGAGAAGUCUCGUCAGGAGUUCAUGCGGCAUCAGAAGUUCAUGGAGGCUCUCAUGAGGCAACGGGAGCUGAUGGACAGCAUCAAGCAUAAGGAACACCGCAGCUCUGUUCUACGAGCUUAUCUUGAUGACAAAAAGACAAGUCUCCUAGUAGACAAGGCUUUGGAGGAAGAAGCUCGUGCACAGCUAGCUGCUGACAGACGCUCCCUCAUCAGCGAAACAGACCAGUUCAGGAAACACGUCGAGUACAUGGACGCACAGAAGAAAGCUGAUGACGCCCGUAAAAGACGAAAUGCUAUGUUAAAGGAUGCUUCACAGAAAGUCGCAAUACAAAACGCUCUCAGCUCGUGGGAGACUGCGCUCCUUCGUCAAGAGGUAACAGCAAUGGAGGCGGCGCGUCGUGCAAACCACGCUGCGCACGCGGCGCUGACAGACGCACGGAGUGUGCGUCUUCUGCGCAUGCGUGACGCUCGCAGACGCCAAGCUAGACGACUGGCCGCAGUUACUCAACAACUUAGAGACGCUAUUCGAUAUGGUAAAAACUAA